CUCUCUCUCAACACACUCCUUAAUAAUUCUCUUGUUUCUCACUCCUCAAAAACUAUAUAUAUAGUAUUUUGACGAACUAAUAACUAUAUAAGCUAAGUGUAACUACAAAUUAAGAUGAUGAAACAGUCGCAUCUCACUGUGUUUCUCAUCUUUUCACUCCUUAUUUUCCUUUUUUGCUUCCACUCGGAUGCUCGUUUUCUAGCUGGGGAAGUACAAGGGUCAACAGUUGAUAAAAAGGUGAAUUAUGAUGAAGAGAUUGUGAAUGAAGAAUCGUUUAUCACAGCAACUAAAGAUGAUAUUUUAGACUUGAUGGGAUCAAAGGUAUGUGAUUACAAAGAUGAAGAAUGCCUGAAGAGAAGGAUGAUUGCUGAGGCUCACUUGGAUUAUAUUUACACCCAACAACACAAGCCUUGAUAUAUAUAUAUAUAUAUAUAUAUAUACAUACAUAUUGAAAGUUACUCAUAUAUAUAAAUAUAUAUAUAAUAGAAAUUUAAAGUACUUUCUCUAGCUAUGAUGUGUACAAGGAUUUCAAGAACAAAAUAAGCUGUAUUAUUAUACUUAUCUAUCUAUUAGGAAUAAAUAAGAGAAUCGCAUGUGUAACUAUUACAUCUGUACGAAUACCAUAUUAAUUAGCAUGUUAUUUUUCAUUAA